CCUUUGAGAUGUCCACUGAACAAGCUAAGCCUUCUGUGCAAACCUUUGGCCGUAAGAAAAACGCCAUUGCCGUUGCUCACUGCAAGUAUGGAAAGGGAGUCAUGAGAUUGAAUAAUCAACCGAUUGACAUUAUGCAGCCCGAAUGCAUGAAGAUGAAGGCUAUUGAGCCGGUUCUCCUUCUCGGAGCUGAGAGAUUUGCCAACCUCGACAUCCGUGUGACUGUCAAGGGAGGAGGUCGCGUUGCUCAGAUUUAUGCCAUUCGUCAGGCUAUCUCUAGAGCGAUCGUUGCGUUCUACCAGAAAUACGUCGAUGAGCAGGCCAAGCGUGAGAUCAAGGAUCUCCUCGUUUCCUUCGAUCGUUCCCUGAUCGCUGCCGAUCCUCGUCGCUGCGAGCCCAAGAAGUACGGAGGUCCAUCGGCUCGUGCCCGUUACCAGAAGUCUUACCGAUAAACGCUCAACGUUUAGGCUGUAUAGCAGAGCACAC